GUCAACCAUGUUGCCCUGAGCAAAGCGCGCACAGUCAUUGGUUGGUAGGGCUUCCUGCUGCGACCAAUGGCGAAGCGCGCUUUUUACAAACUGCUGCGACUCCAGGAAGUUGACAGCCCACAGUGGUGUGAAAGGACAAAACAAGGGAGCUUUAAAUCAGGACGAAACGGCGUUAAAAUCAAAACAUUCAGGAUUCAUUAUAGCAGAAAUACUCGAGCGGACGCACAGGAGGAAAGAACAGAGGCUCUGCUGAAUUUUAAAAUUUUUCUUCACACCUCGCACCGUCGUUAUGGACUCCUCUCCAGUCCUUCGUCAGCAGAGUCAGAACAAAAUCCGCAGUGACUUUAUGAGAAUGAAAAAUGAACAUAACAAAAUGCCAGUGCACCCAAAGCCUUCCAAACUCCUGUCUGCACCUCAUCUAUCCAACCAGGAUAUUGAGAACAAGGAUCCAGGAAACACAGAAAUGGGUAGGAAGGCACCUGUGCGGACAGGAGUAAGUCGGCUUCCGGUGCUCGCAAAGUCCCUCUGUCUUCAGACUCCCUCCGCCUUCAGUCAGUCCCACUAUAGGUGGGAGGAGAAACCUCUGGCUGGGAAAGCUAAGAAGAAAAAGCCAUGCACCAGGCCUUUACCUUUCAACCUGUCGCAGCCCAAGAGCUCAAGAAUGGCCACUGAAAAUCAACAGCCCCUAACUGUUUCACAGUCAAAGACUGGAAAUCACAUUGAUAACAGUGUAUGCAACACUCGUCUAAAACCCCAAAACAUUAAUGCACCUACUCAACAUCCUGCUACAUUAAAAAGCAUUGUGGACCCGAGCAAAGGCGCUGCAAAGUCUAAUGGAAAGGCUACAGGAAAUACUUUGCCUUCCAGCACACCGAAGACUUCAGCCACUUUGUCCCAUCCUCUUUCAUCCAUUCCUAAUGAUACUAUGCAUCAGAACAACUCUACUUCUUCUGCACAGCCUGCUUUGAAUGCAGACGCCUGUUUGGAUCACAUGAACCUGCUCAGUCUCAAAGAUCCAAUCAAGACAUCCCAUGCUAGCCAAAACAUACAGCUGACUGCGCAGGGCAAUUUUUCCAAAAGUUCAGCUGGUGAGUUAAACAAAGGAGAGAACUUUCAGUCCGAUCACGCAGCUUUGCUCAGUAUCCUCCGGAAUGAGGGAGUAAGUGCCACAGGUCUGGGCUCUGCAACUCCACACUCCAAACCCUAUAACUAUCUGCCCCAGCGAGUAUCUGUCAUGAAUAGUCGACAAACAACUGGACCCACUACAGACUCCGCUGCACUGCAAAGCAUCCUGCAGAACGAAGGAGUGAAGGUUGGAGGCCCUGUGGGUGCCACACCCCGAAACCCUGUCCGUCCAUUAGGCAGAGGAACUUCUAUCUACUCAGCUCAGAGAGUGCCGGUUCGAAAGGAUAAUUCAGAGGCAAUUCGAGGAGCAGCAGGAUCAAUGAAGUCGGUGCAGUUCUCUCCGGACUCGGCUGCACUGCAAAGUAUCCUGCAGAACGAGGGAGUGAAGGCUGGAGGCCCUGUGGGUGCCACACCCCGAAACCCUGUCCGUCCAUCAGGCAGAGGAACUUCAAUCUACACAGCUCAGAGAGUGCCAGUAGCAGUAGCACUCAAAGAUACUCCGCUGAAGAAAUGGACUCUACAGAGAGUUCGUGACACGAGGCAUCAGCCCAUGUCUGCUAUGAAAUGGCAUCUGUCGACACAACAGUCACCGUACGUCGGCAGCCCCGCGCUGCGAAGCUGCAAGACCAACCUUCAGCCGCGCCAGGAGCAGGAAGUUGUUCAGAGAUUAUUUGACGACCAAGAGGACGAGCAGAGCACGAAUGUGACAGACAAAGAUCCUGAGACAAAAGCAGAGAAGCUCCCAGAUCAAGCCACAACUACUAAAUCCCACUGUGAAGAUAAGGUAGAGACGAGCAGCGACGAGAAUGAGGAUGAGGAGCAGAGUGUUCUGCGAGGACAGCCGUUCAUUCAGGCACCUCAAAGAGAGUCUGUCAUUUUUUUCUCAACGGGCAAAAAGCUGUUGAGAGCUCCACGUUUUGAGCAGCAGGAGAGCUCAGCCCAACACCAGCAGCAUGGAUCAGAACAGAGAAAGGUGCCGCCAGUCCAUGAAGAGACGUCAUCUGUGUCAGAACCAGCCUGUCAGAUUAACCCUUCUGUUCAGAGUCUGCACAGAGGCCUCAUUGUUCAGAAGACUUGUACUCUGAGUCCUGCAGUGGCGAUGCUGCGUAAGCGUCUUCCUCCUCUGGAGGAGCUGCGUAUGGACGAGGAGGUGGCCACCUACACCUCUGUGUCUGUCCAGGCUGCUCCUGGGUUUCUUUCCCCUCGUCCUCGCUGUGGAAACCCACUGGCCUCCAUCCUGCACUUUGAAGAGUCCUCAAGAUUUGUUCCGAUUGACUGCGACCUCUCGUCUGGCCCUUCUUCUCCACAGAGCUCUCCGCUGCAGGAGAGAUGAUUUGCACUACUACAGUAUUUGUUACUGUCAAUAUCCAGAGUGGAUAAGCUUACUCUGGUGUACUGAUGAGACUUUUUUUAAUGGACCUGAAAUUUGUCUAACACUGAUGUCACCAAAGUCCAAAGAACGCUCGUAGUGUUGUUUUUUUGUUUUUUCAUUUAGAAACGCACCAACCAUUUUUGUCUUAUAAAUGUUUAGUAGAUGCUUUAUAUGAAAAAAAUGAAAUGAAAAUAAAGGUUAUUUCUGUUAAAAAUGCAUCUUUUACACUGCAGGCACUCAAUAAUGUAGAUGUGCACCUAUUAGAAACAAUGUUUAUGAGAUGAAUCAAGAACUAAAUGUAAAAAAUAAAAAUGUUUUAAAAGGUCAAUGAAGAUUUGUGAAUGGACCCUAUGUUCAGUGUUAUAGCUACAGUACACAAACAGAGUAGGAUGGCUCAGAGUAUUGUUAUUUUCAAUUUUUUAACACUUGUGUAGAUUGUUAGUGAUCUUGAUGUACAGUGUUUAUAAUAAAUUUCUAUAUGUUAGUGUCUGUGAA